GGCCGCACGGAAGUUUUUGCAAUUUAGUUGCGUCAAGUUAGCCAUAAUUAUCCACCAAAACACAACAGGACACCGAUUACGGGAAUAAAAUGAUACAGUUACACAAUUAAACGUAAAUGUAUGACUUUAUUUUGUAAGGUUUAACCGGAAACAAUAUACGUUAUGUACUUUAGCUAAACACUGCCGUGUUGCCGCUGCUACUUUUCAACCGUGAGAAAAAUGUUAUCCGCUAAUAGGCGUCGCAGUUGUGGCCACUAGUUCUACUUCCAAAGCAAAACGACAGCAUAUUCCCUUUUCGAAAGGCACUUGCAGAGACUCGAGGAGGUAAACCAUGAUCUGAUGUGUUAAAAAUCUGGACUUGCCCUCACAUUCAUCAGUCAUGUCUCAGUCUGAAUCUUUUACGAAUGUGUGGGAUUGGUUAUGUGUGCUUCGUCUGGAGCAAUAUUCGGAAGCAUUUCAAAGCGCUGGGCUGACAACGUUACGACAGUGCCACAGCCUCACGCCAGAUCAGCUGGAACGGAUGGGCAUCACUCUGCCGGGUCACCAGAGACGCAUCCUGACCAGCCUGAACAAAACGCAUGGUAAUCGUGAGACACAGUCUGACACUCACUCUCACCUUCUAUGGUCUGAGAGAGAGCAGACAUCAGAGGAAACGGGCCAUACUAAAGAGUUGCAGAGAGAGAGACCUGUACCUGUCACAGUGCAUGAAGAACCUGGUAAGCAAAGGGAGAAAAGCGAUGGAGAGUCAAUGAGACCUACACCCAGGGAAAGACAGAAACCAGUCCCCAGGGAGAGACAGGUGUUCAGAAUGAGAGGAGAAAGUGGUGGAAGAGAGGAGAAUUCAGUAUCUGCACAAAGACCAACAGCACCCAGGCGGGGAAAGGAGGAAGAGAGGAAUGGAGGAAUAGACGGAGAGAGGGAAAGCCCUUUGGCUAAAGAGAGGACUAGGUUUCGCUCAAGUGCUCCAGUGGACUGCCCCUCUUCCCUCCUUGUCUCUCAGACCCCCGAUGCCUUUUUACCCCCUGUCCCUCCCCGAAGCAUGCCUAACUGCCCUCCACAGCGCUUCACCUCUGCUCUGAGGCUCUCACCUCAUCCUCAGAUCCCUGUCUCCCCUAAAGAGGACAGACAUGCGGGUAAAGCCCCAGAUGUACAGAAAAGAUCUGCAUCCAUGUGUUCAACACCUACCCAUACCCCCACCCAAACUCGGCCUCAGACAUUACCUAUUCAGCCACCCACCCAACAUUUGUGUAGUGAUGGAGGAAUAAAAAUCUCACCCAUCUCUCCCAUUUCCUGCAUCAGUGAUGACAGAAAUCCUCCACCUCUCCCGCCAAAAGUAGGGGGAGGCCCUAAAGGUCCACCACCGCUUCCACAGCGGCUUCCUUCUCCCAGAAGAGACAGCCCCUCUCCCACCAAGACAGUCACUGAUGAGAUGCAGAAAGACCAAACCCCAUCACUUCUACCUCGCAUCAGGAUACCACAAACUCAAGACGCACAAAAAUCAAGUCAACCUGACACUCAGCCGGCUCCUAGGAUCUACCAGCCUCCUCGUGAGUUCAGGUUGGAUUCUCUUGAUGAUAAUUCUGAGUACGAGGAUCCCGACUUGUUUUACCCUGGCCCUCGUCCCAUGAACACACCAGACAGGGGUAUGUCCCUGCACGUUCCCAGGCAGACAAAGGGGCACUACAGUUCCGUGUGCAGUGAUGAUGAGCUGUUGGAUUCUGAUGAUGAUCCUACCUUAUGGCAGGAGGAGGGUCUCAGCAAGCAGAUGGGCAGUGUCUACCUGCCCGACACCGGCAGACUGGCUUCAGCUGCUAAAGAACAAUGCUCUCAGCACGCCGCUGUCAUCAAGAUGGGCUGGCUGGACAAGAAUUCACCUCAGGGGGCCAUUUAUUACCAGAGACGAUGGGUAAAGCUGGAUGCUGACUAUUUGAGAUACUUUGACAGUGACAAGGAUGUGUAUUCCAAGGGCAUUAUCUCAACAGCCUUCAUCACUAAUGUGUACAGUGUGGGAGAGCACAGGUUUGAUGUCGCCACAAAUAACCGAACUUUUAUCUUCAAGGCUGAAAGUGAAGCUGAAAGAAAUGACUGGGUGACUGUACUAAAUGACUGCACCAGGUGGCGCCAUCAGAGCAGCACCAUGAACACUGGUUCACCACUGAUUCCAGACUUUAAGGGCUAUCUGGAGCUCAAAGGGUUACGUUCCAAACUUUAUACCGUUGUUGCUGCAGAUAAGGUCUUCCUCUACAAAAGCAUUGAGGACUUUCGAAUUGGAGUUGGCAUCACAUCCAUUGAGAUGAAUGUAGGAAAUGUUAAAGACACAGAUCGCCGUAACUUUGAUCUCACCACACCUUACCGCAUAUUUAGUUUCAUUGCAGAGUCAGAGGUGCUAAAAGAGCAGUGGGUGACCGCCAUGCUGAAUGCCAUAGGUGAGGCGCUGUCCAAUUGCGAGGUGGCGAACCGCAUCUGGGCAGAGCCUAGCAACAGUCUUUGUGCCGACUGUGGGGCUCCUAAACCAGAAUGGGCAGGCGUCAACUUGUGUGUGGUGAUCUGUAAACAAUGUGCAGGAGAACACAGAGGACUCGGUCCUAGCAUCUCAAAAGUUCGAAGUCUGAAGAUGGACAGGAAAGUCUGGACUGAGGAACUUAUACAGGUGUUCCUGUUGCUUGGCAACGGGCAGGUAAACAGUUUCUGGGCAGCCAACGUUCCACCAAGUGAAGCUUUGACACCCUCGAGCAGCACUGAGGAGAGGCGGCGCUUCAUCACUAACAAAUACCGCCAGGGCAAAUACAGGAAGUACCACGCUCUGUUUGGGCACCAGACAGAGCUGAACAAUGCUCUGUGUAUAAAUGUGCAGUGCAGCGAUGUGCUGGAGACGUUAAGCCUCAUUUUCUGUGGUGCAGAUGUAAACUGUUCAACUGGUAUUGCAAGUUGUCCUUCCCCUCUCUCCCUGGCCAAAGCGCACUCACAGCUCUUACAGGCUGAGUUAAUUAGUCACAAUCUCAACACAGACCUGCGUCAGCCAGAGGUGGGCGAUGCCAUGGAGCUGAAACAUGUCUCACCACCAGUUUGUGUGUCUUACAAUGGCUUCCUUUUCAAAACUGCAUCCAUGUCUCGGGUGAUUACAGAGCGCAAGGCCAGAGAGGAGUUCAGUCGCCGCUGGUGCAUGUUGAAUGACGGGAUCUUCAGCUACUAUGACAGUGACAAGAACUCGAACCCUAACGGCGCUCUGAAGGCUUCAGAGAUGGUCUGCUUGGCUGUAGACGCUCCUGAAAGACAUGGGUAUGAGAAUACCUUUGAAGUCUACUCACAGUCAGAGCGUCUCUAUUUGUUUGGCACGGAUGACCCAGAUGCCCACAGAGAAUGGGUCAAGUCAAUUGCUACGAGCUUUAUCCCAGCCACUGCUGAGCCUUUACUGAGGUUGAAUUUUGAGCGGAUUGGGUGGCUGAAGUGCAAAGAUGGCUUGAAUCUACAGACAUCCAAGGUCGGUUGGUUUGCUCUGGUGGGCUCCACACUUCACUUCUACCUGGAGAACAGCAAGGGGGAGGAGAUCCACCUCCGUAAACUCAAUGAACUCUCAAUUCAACAAGACAAUGAGGUGCUGGUUCUGGUCGAGAAAGGCAGGACUUUGUACAUAGAGGGAGCGAGGAAGCUGGAUUUUGUUGGCUGGUGUGGGGCUAUCCAGGCGGCAGCAGGCAGAGGAGGAGACACCCUGAGCCAGCAGCAGCUCACAAACACAGACAUACCUAUCAUCGUUCACAGCUGCAUCCAAUACAUCACGCAGUGCGGCUUGACGUCAGAGGGGAUAUAUCGUAAGAGCGGUGUGAACUCCCGUGUGGCAGCUCUGUGCGAGAGAUUUCGUCAUGAUGCUCGCAGUCUUUGUCUGAGGGACGGAGAGCAUCAGGUGGACGAUGUUGCCAACACACUCAAACGCUUCUUCAGGGACUUAGAAGAGGGACUGUUCACGUCAGAGGAUGCCAGCACCUGGCUCAGUACUGCUGCCAAUCAGAAUGAAAGUAUGAAAAUCUCCCAGUAUCAGCUACUGUUAAACAGACUGCCUCGUGUUAACAAGGCUACACUACAAGCCCUUAUCAACCACCUCUACUGUGUACAGUACUGGUGUGACCGGAACCAGAUGAACAUCCAUAACCUGGCAAUAGUGUUUGGCCCCACGCUGUUCCAGACCGACGGAAAGGACUACACUGUUGGUCGUGCCAUAGAGGACCUCAUAGAACACUACACCCUCAUCUUUGAGGUGGAUGAGCAGCAGCUACAGAAGCAGCUAGAAGAGAUCAAGCAUAUCAUCCUAUUGCUGGAAAAUCCCAACACAAAGUUACUUGGUACUGAACCAGGAGGGCACUUCAUUUGCACAGUGUACCUUGAGGAAAAGAACGACACAGCAGAGCGGCAUGUCCAGAUUCCCGCUUCAAUGACAGCAGCAGAACUGACCUGUGCAGUUUUGGACCAGCGCAAAAUCUCAGUUAAAGACAAAGAGUACUGGAGCUGCUGGGAAGUCAACGACAAAGAGGAAAUGGAGCGUCCCCUGCACUAUAAGGAGCGAGUCUUACCCAUUCUUCACUCCGUUGGCGCCGACUCCCAUUUGCUCAUUAAGAAACACCUUGCUAUGGACACAAUGAUUAGCUACUUGGCCAGUAAAGUAGAUUUAUCCAAACAUGGGAUAAUAAAAUUCAGAGAGCAGCGGAACAUCCUGGGACUGGGAAGUUUCCAUGACCGAUAUUUCAUCCUCAAUUUCAACUCACUCAGAAUGUACAAGGACGUCAGAAGUAAUUGUUCAGAACGUGAGUGGCCGGUGAAAAACCUAACGAUUUACCUAGGUAUCAAGAAGAAACAUCGUCCUCCCACGUGCUGGGGAAUGACAGUGGUGUAUGAGGGUAAGAAACAAGAGAAGCUUGAGAAACAGCACUGGUAUCUCUGCUACGAGACCAUGACAGAAAUGAGGGAGUGGUACGCUACUUUUCUCAGUGUCCAGAACGAUGGUGAUGUGUGGCCUCAGGAUGGACUCCAGCAGGUGCGGGAGAGCCGCGUGUUGCAGGAUACACGUCAUGGUAACGUGUCACUGAUACCGCUGCGUGGCAGUGAGAAUGAGAUGCGGAAUAGUGUAGCAGCUUUCAGCCAAGACCCGCUUGCUCUCUUUAGAGAUGUUCGAUAAUGGGUGCUACAAGAAAGGGUAGAUGGUCGACCUCUGACAUCAUUUUUCUGAGACUGUACAGCCCCGAGUGAUGGACGCUGUCAAAGCAUGGACACUCAUACUGUAUGUGGAUUAUGUCCUUACACUGCCCUCUGUUUCUUUGAAUAUCAGCUGGACCAAAAAGUACAACCGGAUCACAAGUUAAAGUAGAACCUACACUGGUUUCCCUGCACAAAUGGAUUUUAGUUGCUGUACAGUAAAAGGAGGUGUGGCAUUAACAUGAAAGAGAGACAGUUUGAUGGACUACAGUCACCCUGAAGAUGAUCCAAAAAUUGCUUCCAGCUCUGCGUGCAGCAAGCCUGCGCCCAGUGUCCCGCUGUUCCCAUUGGACAGUGGGAUGUGACUCAGUAAAUGUAUUGCAUUAUGGGACAGAAGCAGCACGAGCAUGCUUAGCAAGUCUGUGCUUUUAAUUGAAAAAAGUAGAAGUUUAUUGACAGGCAGUUGUAGCAAAACCAGAUUUCUAAUUUUGUGAUGUUUUUAGCUCUCUUUCUGUACUAUUUCUCAACAGAUUGUUGGGAUAAUCCUUCAGUUCAAAACUGAAUAACUGCUACUGUAAGCAAAGCUGAUAACGUAUGAAACUGGGACCUGAUUUUCAUUGGUCACACUGAAGUUUGUUUCACAGGGACCAAGACUCGGACUGAGAGAAAACAGAAAUAACAGGUGAUGGAUGAAUGACUGUUACUCCACCGGGCAUUUGCCAGCACAGUACAAAACCUCAGGCAGAGUUGCAUAUUUGUGCUCGUCAGUUUACCUGCAUAUGUUAAUGUGUGUGCAUGUGUUAGUGGGCGGACAAGUGUUAUCUCAUAUGAAAUUGUCUUUUGGGGAGUGAUGGAAGGACAGGUAUGUUCUGAUUUUAAAAAGUUUUUCUGAGGAUUAUAACAAGAAAGUCACAAUUAAAAAAAAAAUGUGUAGAAAUAUGUGGUUAAAGUGUACGACACAGCGCUGUUCUAUGCAUUAAAGCGCUUUACAGCUUGAAUGUGGCACUAAUGCUCCAUCAUACAGAAGUGGCCUAUUUAAGGUGCACUGAGUUUAUCCGAUUCAGAAUACCAGACAGUAAUUAAACAAAGGUGGUGGUGCGGCUGUGGCUCAGGAGGUGGAGCAGAUCGUCCUCUAAAUAUAGGGUUGGUGGCUUGGUCCUUGCAAGACACUGAUGCUGAAGACCAAGUUGCUCUCUGCCGUCAGUGUGCGAAUGACUGUGUGCACAAAUGGGUGAAUGGACAAAAUAGGAAAAAGUUUUUUUGUUAAUUUCCACAUCGAGAAUAAAGUCAAACUUUAACACAUUGAUUUUUUUCUGGAAAUGGUGUCAAGUUUAAUCCCCAAAUCUUCAUUUAAUUUGUGACAUUUCAACUUUAUUCUCGACAUGCAAAUUUAAAAAAAAACUUCUUCCUUAAUAUUUUUUGAUCAGUAGCCUUGUCUGUCCUAGUGCUCUCUCACAGACCUCAGCACUGCCUCCUCUCUGCACUGUAGGGCCUUUUCUAACGUCUGUGAUACAUAGGUGUUGCCCACAGGCAAUGUACAGUAAUAUGGUGGGGGUUUUAUUUUUCCUUAACCAGCACUAUUUAUGACCAAUUAGAUUAUGAACUAGUCUCAUUGUACAGUAAUAAUCAGGUGCACAAAAUAUUAACCUUUGCAACAGAAUAUUUUAUAGGUUGUUUAAUAAAACCUCAAAACAAGGUACAGAUGUUCCAUUUAAAAUCCAUGUGCACAAAAACAAAUCAUCUUGUAUCAUUCUUGGGUUCAGACUUGCACAUAAUGUAUUUUGUGUAAAGAAUUCACCUGUAAACUGUUGCCUUACAAAUUGCAUUGAACAUUUGCCCAUCUUACCACCUUGUAGUGUUGUUACCUUGUGUCAUCUGUAGGUUUUCCUUGUUGUAAAGUUUUUGUAAUUUAUUUGGGCAGCAGAGGACGCUGGGUGCUGCACUGCAAAAUGUGGGUACUGGUGGUGAAACCUCAUGUUGUUCAGUUAAAUGUUAGUCGUUUUUUGUUUUAAACCUGUGAAAAUUGUGUAUAUACAGUGUAUGAGUGUGUUUUAUUAGCUGGCCUCCAGCUCUGACCUCAGCAGGAGUUGAGAGAAUGUGCUAAUUGCAAUGCGUAUAGAAAGUACUUCAUCUCCCCGUGUCAUGACUUUAAGUUGUAUUGUUUUACAACAUCACAGUGAAUGUACUAUAAGAAGGCGUUUAUGACACAGAUCACCAGAACUAUAAUAUAACAUAUUAAACUCCAGCUAGUUGUGUAAGUGCUCGCCCCUUAAAGUCAAUAAUCUGCUCAGUUACAUGUACACUGGGAUUGAGCAGCACUUGCCAUUUCCUGCCAUCACCUCUGGAUUGGACUGAGGCCUGGGUUGCUGGCCCUGUUUGUACUUCACCCUUUAUUUACCUGGCUUCACAGGACUUCCUGUGUCAGAAACAAACAGCGCUGCCACCUUUGUACUGAAUAAAGUGGUGUGCAAUAUUUGAGUUAUGACAAUUAAAGCGGGUUAAAAAAAAAACUCAACUGUGGGCUUAUCAGACUGCAAUCUUCCUCUAUUUUGUUUCACAGCGUCCUGUAUACAGUUGUCAGUUCUUUCAGCUGCCAUAAAGCAGCACCGCGUCUCAUCUAAGUUGGAAGAAAUUGUGUUCAUCUUUUACGCCUGAACUGCACCAAUGGUCCUUUUUUUUUUAGGCUCACUGUGUGAUUUCUGAAAACCUUCACAACCUACAGUUGUGAUGGGCAAAAACUUAAGCACAUCAUUUUCUUUCAGUUUUAUAUAUGGAACUUUUGUAGAAAUUCAAAGAAGUCUAUUUUAAUUGCUGUCAAAACCUACUUAUUACCUUCACUGUGGUUCAGGAUACUUUUGGUGUAAGUGUAUAAAGACCAGCAGCGGUGAAUACUUUUUUCUUAGCAGUGCAUGUUCUGUUUCUUUUCUUAUUCUGUUACUCUGCAUUUUACUGAAUUUGCAUCUCUGAAACUCUAAUAAACGCAUUCAGUUA